AGAGGGGUCCUUUGCAGCUGAACCCUGCUCACCAGCCCCAGCAGGACCGUCCUCCAUCUCACCAUGGCAAAGGCAGCCGGGCUUGUCUGCGCGCUUCUCCUGCUGGCUUCCUUCUGCUGCCAGAGCUUGGCUCAGAAGGCCCCUGGCACGCCGGACAAGUGCUGCUUCACGUUCCAGACAAGCAGGAUCAAGAAAGGCAACAUCCUUGGCUGGUACCUCACCAGCCCCGAGUGCUCCUACCCAGCCGUGGUAUUCAAGACUCGAAUAGGCAAAGAGAUCUGUGCCAACCCUGGCAAGCGAUGGGUGCAGAAAUACCAGGGGUUCUUCCAUCCGCAUUCCCUGUCUGUCCCCAACUAGACAAGCUGUGAGGGGAGAAUCCUGGAGACCAGCCCCCAGCUCUAUAACCCACACACACAGCUGCAAACUUCUCUUGCUAGCUUGACUUUUGAGCCUUUAACAGAAACUUGCUUCUUCUGUCCUUCCCCGGCGCAGGAUCUGACACUCCAGGGAAGCCGCUCCCGGCUCUUUGUCACAGCCCAUCUCAGGGGAGGCUCCAGACACGGGAAGAGGCGUCUGAUGUUGCUGGCAGCUUUGCUGGGACCCAGUGGGUUUAGCAGCCCCCCGAGUGCACCUUCUCCCACGAGGUCCCCACGGGGUGUGUGUCUGUACCACAGUGGGGUCACCUCCUUGGGGGGACUUUGCAAAGCCGUCUAGGGGAGCAGAUGUUCUGUUCUCAUGGAAAACGGGGUGCCCAGAUCCCUCAGCAUCUUUGAAAUUCCCAGCCCUACCCUGCAGGCCCAGAUUGCUCCCUGUGUAGCCUGGUUAGACCAGGCUGUCCACCUCCCCAUGGCCCAGCAGGAGAGUUCCUUCCAGGGAGCUGGGACAACCUCCCAGUUUCCUCAGUAGCCACCAGCACAGGAAGGGCCCAUCCCCGCAGGCAGGAGUUCAGGACCCCAAAGACCUGUGUCUGUUAUGGCUGGCACAAGGGGCACAGGCAGUUCCUCUCCUGCUGCAGAGCCAGGAGAGCAGAAACUCCCCUGAGCUCCCCACGAGCCAUGUCCCGGCAUGCUUGUCCUUCCCCCCGGGGACGAGCCGCCCCCUUUGAGGCUCUUCUCCAGAGCUGUGUCCCACCUAGUCUGCAAAGCGCAUUAGGUGACCCUGCCCCAGCCCAGUACAGACCCCUGAGCAAUGAUGCAAACAGCAGGUUAUGGCAUCCAGCCGAGUAGAAGGAGGGGGGAGCAGCUGUCUUUCCCCAUCCUGUGCAGACUCAGACAAACGCGGCCCUGCCAAGCCAGUGAGGGAGACACCCGGCCAGAUGCUGUUAGCUAAACAACGCUUCCUGUGCAGCUCCCACGUCCCCUGACUUUGGAUUAUCAUUCUGGGCUAAGAAAUGUCAAACACAAUACUUCGAGUUUAAUGGGUACCUGCGUGUGAGCAUAGGGGUGCGUACGUGGGCAUUUGAUUCCGGAAAGGCCUGGGAAUACUGUUGCUGGCUUCCUCUUCUAUGUAUCGAAAUAUACAAAUAUAUAAACUAUGAAAUC